AUGACGUGGCGAAUCACUGGGCAUGUCCUUCAUGCCGUGUUAAGCGUCGACGAAUCCCUCGACAACAACGGACUGCCUGUUCCGAAGGAGCCACAAGGUCAGGUCAAGAUGUUAGUGCAAACCAACAUGGAGUUAAGCCGCAAGCUGAAUCUGAUGCGCCGGGAUUAUCUUCGAGAACUGACAUCCCACAGAGACAAGCAGCGUAGCAUCAGUGACGAAGCGCAGGAGGUUUUGCAAGAUCUGCAGGAGCAUCCUGUGAUGUUUUUCGAGCCGUUGAAGUUUGUGCUGGAUGACGUGACGAAAGAGUUCAUAAAGUUGGUGGUGGAAGAACGGGCAAGACUGCUCAGUGGCUGCUUGCGCUCAAGUCAUUUUCAAGUCCACGCGGCAAGUCACCGCAUGCGAUUGGCAUGGCCAGCUGUGAGGUUUACAGCUUGUAGCCAGACCUCUUCUCUCCAAGUCCUCAGUGUUUUCCUCAUGUCCAUGGUCCCUGUCAUGCGUGGCAUUCGCAAGAAAGUCACUUUCAUUCGAAAGUAUAUAAUAUAA